AAAUUCAUUUAUUUUUCUCGACCAACUCAAGAGGACUUCUGGGCAGAGGCAAAGGGAUCUCACCUGACACUUAGGGCUCUUCACGUUGGACGCUUAGAUGGAAAUCACAAUUCGCGAAAUCACCUAUGCGAGAGGAAAGGGCUCUUCACCUAUGUGAGAGAAAAUCGCGAAAUCACCUAGGGCUCUUGUAUUUGUUGCUAUUUUCCGUGGGUAGCUGUUAAGGUUUCUUUUCGGCAAGGCAUCUCUCCUCAACUGUUCGACGGAAAUCACAAAUUGAAAAGGGCUCAGAGAAGACAAUCUCCUUCUUACAAACUCACAGAGAGAGAAAGAUAGGUGACCACCGCUAGGGGUGAAGUUCCACCAUUGCCAUUUUAGCAACUUUCACGUUCCGUCGAGCAAUGUGAGAGUAUUCUAUCUCCCUACGAAAGGCUAGCCUUGCAGGAAUCCAAUCGGGGUCAGUUGCUUGGGAGGCAAUUGCUACGGAUGCUUCUCAGAGUGGUCUUCUGUAUUGUUAUUGUACAUCCUUUUCUGGGUCGUUAAUUACGCCUGGUCUUAUCCACACUUGUGAUAUACAGCUGCAGAAUAUCGUGUGUGAGAGAGGGAAAUAUGGUUGCUGAACUCACGAAGAGAAGAACCUGUGCGAGAAUUUUGUAAACUUCCGUUUUCUUUUCAGAGAAGAACAGCCCAAGAAGGACUUCUUGUGGGCUCCAUCAACAUCACUCCUCCACGUCAGCCGGUGUGCGGAGUGUGCUUACGUAAGGGGCUUCUUCGUAGCAGGCUUCCUUAGAAAAUCGCCAUUUCUGAGAACAAGUCGAGCAAUGCGAUGGAAGAAUCUAGGGUUUAGGGGCUUCUGUUUACCCCUCUUCUUGAACAACGAACCAGCUAAACUCGGCAAAAGUGAAGUCUGCAUCAGUCGCUUCCAUUGAUGAAGCGUCAGAUGGUGGGUAUGAGUCAUGACUGAGCACAAGUAGAAAGCUUUUUGCUCUUCGCUUUAAAUUUUGCUCAGGCUGCUGCUCAGCGUUAAACCGGAAGUUCAUUCCACUGUUGAUAUUUCAAGCCAUGAGUGGUGGCAGACAAAGGACCCUUGGGAGUGGGGGUCAGCAUUUAUUGGACCACUUGAAGCGGAUGAAUGCAGAGAAUCCGGCUUUCUUCUAUGCGGUUCAGGGUGAUAAUGAUCACACUGGUGGAAAUAUAUUCUGGGCAGAUGCAACAUCCAGAAUGAACUAUUCAUACUUUGGGGAUGCCGUCAUAUUUGAUACAACAUACAAGAUGAAUGGGUAUAGGGUGCCAUUUUCCUCAUUCACAGGGUAUAAUCAUCACGGGCAGCCAGUGUUGUUUGGUUGCGCAUUAAUUAUCGAUGAGUCUGAGUCCUCCUACAUCUGGCUAUUUCAAACUUGGCUUCAUGCAAUGUCUGGACGCUGCCCUGUUUCUAUAACAAGCGACCCAAACCCACUCUUACAAGUUGCUGUUACACAAGUUCUUCCUGAAACCCGCCACCGUUUAUGUUUGUCUGCCAUAUUCAGAGAAACACGGGAGAAACUGGCUCAUCUAUAUCAGUCACAUCCUACUUUUGAAACAGAAUUUAAGAAGUGCAUUACUGAGACAGAGACAAUUGAUGAGUUUGAUUCAUGCUGGCAAUCACUGCUGGAGAGAUACUAUAUUAUGGACAGUGAAUGGCUUCAGUCAAUGUACAAUGCAAGACAACAGUGGCUACCAGUUUGCAUGCGUGACACUUUCUUUGGAGAGAUAUCUAGAGGUGAUGGAAGUGAACCUUUAAAUUUGUUCUUCGAUGGUUAUGUGAAUGUAUCCACCACCAUACAAAUGUUGAUGAAGCAAUACGAGAAAGCUAUAGCAAGUUGGCAUGACAUGGAAUUGAAGGCAGAUUAUGAAACUACUAACACUAGCCCAGUUCUGAAGACACCAUCUCCUAUGGAGAAACAAGCUGCCAAUCUUUAUACAAGGAGAAUAUUCAUGAAAUUCCAAGAGGAACUGGUGGAGACACUUGCUAAUCCUGCAACCAAAAUUGAUGACUCAGGAACUGUCGCCACAUACCGGGUGGCCAAAUUUGGGGAAGACCACAAAGCACACGCUGUGACUUUCAAUUCUUUUGGGAUGAAAGCUAAUUGCAGCUGCCAAACGUUUGAGUAUUCUGGAAUUAUUUGUAGGCAUAUAUUAGCAGUUUUUAGAGCAAAAAAUGUUCUUACUCUUCCAUCUCAGUAUAUAUUGAAACGAUGGACAAGGAAUGCCAAGAGUGGAGCUGUGUCGGAUGAACAUGCUUCAGAAUUGCCAAACAGUUCUCAAGAAUCUUUAACAGUGCGGUAUAACAAUCUACGUCAGGAAGCAAUCAAAUAUGUAGAAGAAGGGGCAAAAUCUAUCCACAUUUAUAACGUGGCAUUGGAUGCUUUAAAAGAGGCAGCUAAGAAGGUUGCUGCUGUGAAGAAUCAAGGUCCAGCACCUACCCAGGUUGGUACCCUGCUAAACGGUGGUGGGCAUGAGUUGCAUGCAAAUCAAGGAAGUCAAACGGCAACAUAUCAGUCUACGUGAUGUUGCCGGACCACACAUGGCCUUCAUGCGCCGCUGUGCUUUGACAGCUCCACCGGCUACACGCGUCGUACCAACAGGCUCCCCACCCUCUGAUCCUUCAGAUCAGCUUUACCCCACCUCCAUUCCACUGAGGCGUGGUCCAAAGGCAUGGAUUGACUAUUCCGCUACUGCAUAUUUGCCCUUUCAAUGCUAGUCUAUCCAGGUUAUUGUUUUCUCUAACCGGUGAUACUGUGAAAGAGACUAAGGACCUCAUCAACAAAUACCUCAAGACUUUCAACUACAGUGCUUCCGUUUGCACCGCCUCCAAUGGUGGUUUACGUUUAAAACGUCUUUUAAGAUGGUACCCUCUUUGUAGGUCUGGGGUAUAGACCAAUUUCUUGGUCGACUUUUUUAUUUCACCUUUUUUGCAUUGUGGUGGUUGUUUUGGGGAUGUUUUGUUAGGGAAUGCCACCCUCUCUAACUUGUAUCAUCUUUUAAUCUAAUGAAGUUUGCUUGCUUAAAUAAAAAAUAAAAUAAAAAAAGGGAAAGAAAAAAGUUAUAUGGUGUCUCCUUGUUUAAUUGUAUGGUCUCUUGUCUAGCCUUUGAGGUCUAGCUCCAACGGCAUUUUCCCUUACAAUAAUGUGUUGGAUGGUGAGAUUGUUAAUUCAAGAGGCAAUUGGUGCGUGUGGUUUACCAAGAAAGGAAAGAAAAAGUUGUACACAUAUGCUAUUGCUUCAAAUAAAUAUGAAUGCGUUGUAAUGCAAUUAAAAAGAAAUGCAAACAGCGUUACAGAUUCUCUGUAAUGCAUAUCAGAAACUCAAAACAUAUCCUUGUGAUAAAAAGACUAUAUUAUCUGCUUGUGAUGGUGAUUG